CAGCCAUAUCUCUCCCUCAUGGGCUCUUGCAAUUCUACCCGAUCCUCCUUUUUUUUGAGUGAUUGCCUAAUGACAUAACCAAAACCAACAAACCAAGAAACACAAGAGAAACCCCAUUAUCUACUGGUUCUUGUGUUCCUUGUUUUAGUUUUGGUUCUGUGGUUUCCCCCAAAAAAAUGCAGCUUCAUAUAUCACCAAGUCUGAGGCAUGUGACUGUACUUCCAGGAAAAGGUGUUAGAGAAUUUAUCAAAGUGAAGGUUGGAGGGAAAAGGGUUUCCUACAGAAUGCUUUUUUAUUCACUUCUCUUCUUCACUUUCCUUGUUCGCUUUGUCUUCGUAUUGUCUACUGUUGACACCAUUGAUGGUGAAAGCAAGUGCUCUACUCUAGGUUGCUUGGGGAAAAGACUAGGACCAAGGAUAUUGGGAAGAAGGCUUGAUUCAGCUGUUCCAGAAGUUAUAUACCAAGUACUACAAGAUCCCCUUGAUCAAGAUGAUUUAAAAGGAAGAAGCGAUAUUCCUCAAACGUUGGAGGAGUUCAUGGCAGAUGUUAAGGACACCAAAUUGAAUGCAAAAACAUUUGCCAUCAAGCUUAGGGAAAUGGUUACGCUGCUUGAACAGAGAACCAGAACAGCCAAAAUUCAAGAAUAUUUAUACAGACAUGUAGCAUCAAGUAGCAUACCGAAACAGCUGUACUGUCUAGCCUUAAGGCUAGCCAACGAGCAUUCUACCAACGCAGCCGCCCGCCUCCAGCUGCCUACACCAGAACUUGUCCCUGCCCUCGUCGAUAACUCUUACUUCCACUUUGUCCUUGCCUCGGAUAAUGUGCUUGCCGCCUCUGUUGUUGCCGCCUCCCUUGUUCAGAACGCCUUGCGCCCCCACAAGUUUGUAUUGCACGUAAUAACCGACAGAAAAACUUAUUCACCUAUGCAAGCAUGGUUCUCGCUGCACCCAUUAUCGCCUGCAAUAAUUGAGGUUAAGGCAUUGCAUCAUUUCGACUGGUUUGCCAAGGGGAAAGUGCCAGUUCUGGAAGCAAUGGAAAAGGAUCAAAGGGUAAGGUCACAAUUCAGAGGAGGUUCAUCAGCCAUUGUGGCAAAUAACACAGAAAAGCCUUAUGUCAUCGCAGCAAAACUACAAGCACUUAGUCCCAAGUACAACUCAGUGAUGAAUCACAUCAGAAUUCACCUGCCAGAGUUGUUUCCAAGUCUAAACAAGGUAGUGUUCCUAGACGAUGACAUAGUGGUCCAAACCGAUCUUUCGCCCCUUUGGGACAUUGACAUGAAUGGAAAAGUGAAUGGAGCUGUAGAAACAUGCAGAGGAGAAGAUAAAUUUGUGAUGUCAAAGCGAUUAAAGAGCUAUUUGAACUUCUCUCAUCCUCUGAUAGCUAAGGAUUUCGACCCUAAUGAAUGUGCUUGGGCUUAUGGUAUGAACAUUUUCGAUUUAGAUGCUUGGAGGAAGACUAAUGUCAGCCUCACCUACCAUUAUUGGCUUGAUCAGAACUUGAAAUCAGACCUCAGCUUGUGGCAGCUAGGAACACUACCGCCAGGUCUAAUAGCAUUCCAUGGACAUGUCCAUGUUAUUGAUCCUUUCUGGCACAUGCUAGGACUGGGCUACCAAGAAAAUACAAGUUUAGCUGAUGCUGAAAGUGCUGGUGUUGUCCAUUUCAAUGGCAGAGCAAAGCCAUGGCUAGAUAUAGCAUUUCCUCAACUCCGACCAUUGUGGUCAAAGUACAUCAACUUCUCCGAUAAGUUCAUUAAAAGUUGUCAUAUUAGGGCGAAUUGACAUGAAUUUUGAAAUGAAUUUCAACUGUAUUAUUGAUGACAAAGAAAUAUAUAUUGUAUAUCAGGAGUGGGAAGAAAAAACAAAAGGAUGAAAGAAAAAGAGAGAAACAGAGGAGGAGAGAGUUCUUCACAAGAUUAAAAGGGCUUCUUUAUGUAAAAUAUAACACAGCCUCAUGCAAUGUUUUUUUUUUUUUUUUUACGUUCUUUUAAUUCUUUUGGAAUUCUUCCUCUAUUGCUUAAUAAAAAAACACAAUCAGUUGAACUCA